AUGCCUCGAAGGAACGGGAACGGGGCGACCUCACAAUACGUUCUACCGGUUUGCUUUGAAAGUCUUGGCUCCUUCCUGGAUUUUCACCCAACACGACCCAACACGUACGCUCUUUUUCCUUGGGUUGGUGAACGAGUGCUGGCACCUGGAACAUCAACUGGUAGCACUGCAACGACAUUCGCGGGCAUGAACUACGUCGACGCGCAUCUUCAUGACAACUUGGGAUUAUUGUCCUCCAGGUUGUGGAGACCGGAGGAGGAGCACACAUGGCUCCGCAGCUCGACACUACUUCCUUCAAAUGUGACCCGCUCCUCUCCAUUAUCAACUAGCCGCAACGUAGCCUGGCCAAAAAACCGUAGCAAAACUUGUGACGAAAUCAAACGUGAAAUCGAGGAAGGCCAACUGCAUCUGCAAUGGCUCUUGGAGCAACGUAAAACCAUCUCAGAGCAGCUGGAUCUCCAUCGUGACCAAGUGUCGCCCAUACGCAAGGUUCCCCCAGAGAUCAUUCGUAUCCUAUUCCUCCUCUGGGCCUCUGACAGGCAUUUUCUUCGAUCCCCAACUCAUGUCUCUCAAAAUGUUCUGACCGGCGUUUGUGUUUCCUGGAAGAAUAUUGCACUCGGUAUGCCCGAAUUAUGGUCCUCGAUACUGGUCGAGAUACGGGAUGGGGUGUUUUACCCUGACAAACGGACCGUUGAAAUGUGGAUUGAGCGCUCUGGCUCCUCCGCGCUUUCUUUCUCUAUUGAAGAGAGAGAUUCAUCUUUUCACAGCAGCCAUGCAGGAGUUGAUCAGAUUCCGCCCACCAUGCCACACGACAAUACGAACUCUGAGCACCCCGCUGGAUCACCAGUUGCGCCCAUGCUCGAUCUCUUCAUUCCCCAUCACUCUCGAUGGCAGAGAGUCUGCCUGAGAUACAAUGAUGCAUCACCUGAUUUACUUGGGAUCGCUUGCUUGCCAAUCCCCAUGAACACCGUCACGUAUCCUUUUCUUGAAGAGGUAUGCUUGGACAAAGGUUAUUGGUGGGCACAAGAAGAUCUAGAACACAUCAAAUCCAUGAUGGUCUCCGCACCACGACUCCAUUCCGUUACUUGGCUGAGCGAAAAAUCAUACAAAAUGCUCGCCCUUCCAUGGAAGCAGCUGACACACUUCAAUUCGCAGGGCCCCAUUGCCACUAUGAACGAGGGUCUUCGUGUCCUCGCGAUCUGUCCUCAUCUCAAAUCCCUGGAGCUGACGCUCUUUCUUCCCAUGUUUCCCGUCGUCGACGACGACGAUCCAUUUGUCCACAACACUUUAGAACGCCUACAUCUACGUACUGCAGGUAACCUGGCAGUUCUUAUCGACAAAGUCACUCUACCAGCUUUAAAGGAUCUAUCGCUUUCCGAAUUACAUGGAGCCUCACCCAACCCCCCUAUACAGCUUGGCCGGUGGCCACAAUCCCAGUUCCUUGCAUUCCUUCUACGUUCAGGUUGCACCAUCAAGCAAUUCAUCAUUCAGGAGUGGGAUAUCUCAGCAGAAGAGAUAGCGGAGUGCCUCGGACAUCCGCAGAUAUCGAAGUCAUUGGAUUCGUUGUCUAUCACGGAAUAUCACCAGAAGCAUCUAUGCAUGACGGAUGAGGUUCUUAGGCUGUUGACGUAUUCCCCAUCAGUUAUCUUGUCAGAAAACGUUCUGGGUGGUGGGGAUGACCAGCUGGCCGACGACACCCCAUCGGAGACUAUCUGUCCAAAUCUCACGACCAUCAGGCUGUGGGGAUGCAUUUCUGCCCAGGAUGGAAAGGUCGCAGAUAUGGUAGAGUCGAGAUGGUUAUCCAGGACCGAAGGUUGCCCCAUCGUGCAACUCAGGACGGCGGCAAAAUAG